AUGGACCGACCCAGCCAGCUCGACGACGACAGCGUCCGUGGCAGCAGCUUUGCCUACAGCGCGCCGACGCGCCACUCGUCGUCGUCGCACCACGGCACGCGUGCGUCGCUCAUGGAGCGCAACAUCAUUGCCGCGCCGCUCGACCCACGCGCCGCCGAGAACACGACGCGGUCACCCCAUAAGGUCUACAAGGGCCGGCUCCGGAGGUGGCCCGGUGUGCUCUUGCUCGUCGUGAUUGUCGGCGGUGCGAUCGCAGCGAUCGCGUACUUUAGUGUCUCGAAAGGCCAGGAAGCCCACGAUCGAGCCUUUGCCGUGCAAAAGCGGCUGGCCAAAGAGCGGUCCAUUGCCAACGGGUUGACCAGCGGGUCGGGCUCGGACGACGUCGACGUCGACGAGGACGGCCAAGUCAACAACCCUAAAGUGUAUCCGCCACGCUCGUGCCAGCAGCCCGAUUACCAGAGCAAGAAUGGCAAGCUCUACGCCGUCGCCAAGAACGGCACCGAGGUCUCGUUUCAGAUCAAGGGCGUCAACUGGUUUGGCAUGGAAACUGGGCUCCGCUCGCCGUUUGGGCUAUGGGACAAUGCCCAGAACGGGACGACCGUGUAUGCGAUCGCUCAAUUUCUGGCCAAGAACAAGUUCAACUCGGUGCGCAUCCCGCUCUGUGUCGAGAGCCUCUUGAGCAACAAGGCGCCCGAGCUCUCGAUCAUCAACCGCGUCACCAACCGCGCACUAGAUCUCACGUCGUACAUUGGUCUCCUCGGUUCCGUGACCGAGUCGCUCGGGUACCGCCAGAUCUCGGUCAUGAUCUCGAUGCACACGCUCGACCUCAUGAACGUCGGCGGCUCGCUCUGGUACGGCAAGUCGUUGACGGCCGAUGAGUUUCUCAAGUCGAUUGACAUGCUUACGAAAGCACUCUGCUCGGACAAGUACUGGAACAUUCUUGGCAUUGACGUCAAGAACGAGCCGUGGCAAGGCACGUGGGGCACCAAGCUCGAGAACGAUUUCCGCGCGGGCGCCGAGCUUAUUGGCGCGCGCAUUCUCAAGGGCUGUCCGAAAUGGCUCGUCUUUGUCGAAGGCGUCAACGCGCAGCAUACAAUCGUGCUCGAUGGCCAAGAAUUUGGCUACUACGACUGGUUUGGCGGCGGCUUGCAAAAGGCCGGCGACUACCCCGUCGUCCUGCCGGCAGCCAACAAGCUCGUGUACGCGCCGCACUACUACAACCCGGCGGUCUUUCCGCAGUACUACCUUUUUGGCGGCGGCAAGACGCUCGCCAACAGCGCGAUUUCCAACUUCACCGAGCUCGACGACGAGAAGCUCUUGGGCCGCGUCGGGCAGACCAUGCACCACAUGUUUGGCUAUCUCAACGACGGCAAGGGCCCCGCGGUGGUCCUUGGGGAGUUUGGCGGCCUCUACACGCAGGAUUUACACCCAAAGAAGACGACCCAGCGCUGCUCCGAGUACACCAUCAAGACCAUGGUGAGCGAGAGUUACGCGGGCGGCUACAUGUGGUCGCUCAACCCCGAGUCCGCGUACCAGUUCAACCCCGCCGAUACACCGGGCAACUAUAUCGAAGGUCUCCUCAACAAGGACUGGCGCUCGGUAAACGCGCCGUUCUUAAAGGCCAUGAACGGUAUGGACGCCUUCCCGGACCUCAAGAUGACACCGUGCUUUCCAAGCGACCCGUAGUCACCUUUAUAAGCAAAGUAGCUUUUCA